UAUAGUUGGAUCGUGUUCUUGAUCCUUUCUUCCAUGUCUGCCUUUUAAUUGAAGAGUUUAAUCCCUUUACAUUAAGUGUAAAAUGGACUUACUCUACCAUUUUGCUUUUUGUUUUCUAUAGUCUUAUGUAUUUGUUUUGUUUUGUUUUGUUUCUCAAGUCUUCUGUUAAAAUAGAUGAUUUAAAGUCUUUGUCUAGAAUUUCCAACCAUUGGGCUUCAUUGGUGGCCGGCACUGUGACCAAACUGUAGGCAAAAGAACUGCAGAAUAGGGAGAGAGAGUACGGCUGUGUGUUGAGGGUUGAUGGUUCCCACCCAGAAUUAAAAAAUGAUGACACACAUCGUUUCCAUCGUUUCAUGACCCCUGCCUCCCCACCAUACACAAAACGCCCCAAUGACAGACAAACGCAAGCAGUUUACCAGAAGGUGGGUACUGCCCGUUGCUCUGUUCCCUUCCAGGGAGGUGCUCCACGUGGCCCUUCUCUUCCUCCGGGUCAUCAGUGCCUGUGCAGACGGCAAGAUCCGCAUUUACAAUUUCCUAAAUGGGAACUGCCUGAAGGUGAUGAAGGCCAAUGGCAGAGGUGAUCCUGUGCUGUCCUUCUUUAUUCAGGGCAACAGGAUGGUGAUCAACACGGAGAGCAAUGUUCUCAUGUUCCAAUUCGAGAAUAUAAAGUGGCAGUACCCCCUGGAACGGGCCAAACAGAAGACCAGGGACAAAGAGGAAGACAGGGAAGAAAACGGCCUCACAGAAGUUCUCUCCAAGUCCAGCACUCAGAUCUACAGCCCCAGGGACUCUCUAUCCAGCAAACAAGUAGCCCAGGAGUCCCUGUUAAGCAAACCUCACAAGUCCUGCAUCUCUCUGAAGGCAUCCAGGUCACCUACAGCUUCCCCCCACCCCGAUCGUCAUUCAGCACCGUUAACGGAAGCAGCUCUGAGUCAAGGAAAGCCAAAGCCACCCCGAAGAGACGGCAGGAAGAGAAUGAGUCCCAGGGACGCAAAUGGCAGGGGUGGCCAGUGGGAGCAAGAGACUUUGGAAGCAAAACCCCUCCCCGGAGGUAAGAACGGUGAGGCUCCAUUCAUAACCAGUGCGUUCAUGCUGUGGACUGUGAAGGAGCAGAAGGAGUAUGGGGAGGCCAUGGUGAAGGAGUAUCAGGCCAGAAAGCCUGCUGGAGUGGUCAACCCAGAAAAGGCCAGCAAAGCUGCCUGGAUCCGGAAGAUCGAAGGCCUGCCCAUAGACAAUUUCAUGAAGCAAGGAAAAACCACAGCCCCUGAACUUGGACAAAACAUAUUUAUCUGA